UCAGACGAGAAAAUCCACAAAAAAUAAGUAUAUUUUAACACAAAGUUAUGGCUCCUCAUUAAUAGUGCCACUUGUUGCUAAAGAAAAGGGGACUUUGUGUUCUGUCGUUUCCCUAAAGUCAAGGUGUUUUUUUGGAUUUUCUUUUCCGAAACAGAAAAAAAGAAACAAAAGGAGAGGAAGAAGAUGAAGUGUUUUCAAAACAUAAGAUCGAUAUUCAUGCACGCGGAUGGUGUGGAUUUGAUACUGAUGGGACGAGGUUUACUCGGAGCCAUCGGUGAUGGAGUCAUCACUCCUAUAAUAUUUUUCAUCAUCGGCCUGCUACUGAAUGACAUUGGUGGUUCCUCCGGAAAUGAAACCUUCAUGCAUGCCAUCAUAAAGAAUGCUGUAGCUUUGCUUUAUGUCGCUUGCGCAUCUUGGGUGAUAUGUUUCGUUGAAGGAUAUUGCUGGACAAGGACAGGGGAGAGACAAGCAUCAAGAAUGAGAGGGAAGUACUUAAGAGCAGUGUUAAGACAAGAUGUGAGUUACUUUGAUCUUAAUGUAACAAGCACUUCUGACGUUAUCACCAGUGUCUCCAGUGACACUCUUCUCAUCCAAGACGUCCUAAGUGAAAAGUUACCAAACUUUUUGAUGAAUGCAUCAGCGUUUGUGGCAAGCUACAUCGUGAGUUUCAUCAUGUUGUGGAGACUCACAAUCGUAGGCUUGCCGUUCUUUAUCCUCCUCGUGAUCCCUGGACUGAUGUGCGGACGAGCCCUUAUCAGCAUCUCGAGAAAAAUACGCGAAGAGUACACUGAAGCUGGUUCUAUUGCCGAACAAGCUAUCUCGUUGGUGCGAACCGUCUAUGCAUUUGGUAGUGAGAGAAAGAUGGUAGCAAAAUUCUCAGCUGCGCUUCAAGGCUCAUUGAAGCUAGGGCUGAGACAAGGACUAGCUAAAGGAAUCGCCAUCGGGAGCAAUGGUAUAAGUUAUGCAAUCUGGGGGUUCAUGACUUGGUAUGGAAGCCGGAUGGUAAUGUACCAUGGCGCUAAAGGCGGUACUAUCUUCGCAGUCACCAUUUGCAUCACUUACGGUGGCACAUCACUUGGUCGAGGUUUGUCGAAUCUCAAAGAAUUCUCAGAGGCAGUUGUAGCGGUGGAAAGGAUUGUCAAAGUGAUAAACAGAGUUCCUGACAUUGAUUCACAGAACCUAGAAGGUCAAAUUCUUGAGAAAAUUAAAGGAGAAGUCCAGUUUAAGAAUGUGAAGUUCAUGUACCCAUCUAGACCCGAGACACCAAUCUUUAAUGACUUUUGUUUAAGAGUUCCAUCUGGGAAAACUGUAGCCCUGGUGGGAGGAAGCGGAUCAGGAAAAUCAACUGUGAUAUCACUUUUACAAAGAUUUUACGAUCCGAUCGCAGGAGAGAUUCUCAUUGAUGGUGUGUCCAUUGACAAAUUGCAAGUAAAAUGGUUGAGAUCACAAAUGGGUCUUGUUAGCCAAGAGCCAACACUCUUCGCCACAUCAGUAGAGGAAAAUAUAUUAUUUGGUAAAGAGGAUGCAUCCAUGGAUGAAGUAGUGGAAGCCGCAAAGUCUUCAAAUGCUCAUGAUUUCAUUUCUCAGUUUCCUCUUGGUUACAAAACUCAGGUUGGGGAGAGGGGAGUGCAAAUGUCAGGGGGUCAGAAGCAGAGAAUUGCAAUUGCACGUGCCAUAAUCAAGUCACCAACAAUUCUCCUUUUAGACGAGGCAACAAGCGCAUUAGACUCAGAAUCCGAAAGAGCAGUUCAGGAAGCCUUAGACAAUGCCUCUAUUGGUCGUACAACUAUUGUUAUUGCCCACCGUCUCUCUACUAUUCGUAAUGUUGAUGUUAUAUGUGUAUUCCACAAUGGUCACAUUGUAGAAACUGGAUCACACGAAGACCUCAUGGAGAACUUAGAUGGUCAAUACACUUCUCUAGUGCGCUUACAGAUGAUUGAAAAUGAAGAAUCAGAUGAUAACAUUAGCGUAGGUAUGGGAGAUAGUCCAUUCUCAAUUUUAAGUAAAGAUGUGAAGUAUAGUCCAAGAUUGUCUAUUCAAAGCCAGUCUAACUUGUUCUUAACUUCAAGCAUUGAUACAAAUGAUCCUGGUGAAAUUCCGAAGGAUAAGAAGAAGCAUGUGCCAUCUUUUAAGAGAUUGAUGGCGAUGAAUAAACCAGAGUGGAAACAUACAUUGUAUGGUUGCAUAAGUGCAGUCUUAUAUGGGGCUUUACAACCAGUGUACGCAUAUGCUUCAGGAUCAAUGGUGUCAGUGUAUUUUCUAACGAGUCAUGAUGAAAUGAAGGAAAAAACAAGGAUCUACGUGUUGCUUUUUGUAGGCCUAGCUGUGUUGUGUUUUUUGACCAGUAUCAUUCAACAUUAUAGUUUUGGUUACAUGGGUGAAUACCUAACGAAACGUAUCCGAGAAAAUAUUCUCUCCAAGCUAUUGACCUUUGAAGUAAGCUGGUUUGAUGAAGACGAGAACUCAAGUGGUGCAAUUUGCUCUAGACUAGCAACAGACGCAAACGUGGUGAGAUCUGUUGUCGGUGAACGCGUAUCAUUGUUAGUACAAACUACAUCAGCAGUGAGCAUAGCUUGCACACUUGGUUUGGUCAUUGCUUGGAAAUUAGCCAUUGUAAAUAUUGCGGUACAACCUGUGGUUGUUGCGUGUUUCUACACUCAACGAAUUGUACUCAAAAGCAUAUCCAAAAAAGCCAUUAAAGCACAAGAAGGGAGCAGCAAACUAGCUGCAGAAGCCGUCUCUAACAUCAGAACCAUCACUGCAUUCUCGUCACAAGAACGGAUCCUAAAAUUGCUCAAAAAGGUUCAAGAAUCCCCACACAGAGAAAACAUCCGCCAAUCAUGGUUAGCAGGGAUUGUGCUUGCAACUUCUCGAAGCCUCAUGACGUGUACUUCAGUUUUGAAUUAUUGGUACGGUGGUAGACUAAUUGCUGAUGGAGAGAUCAAGUCAAAAGCAUUCUUUGAGUUGUUUAUACUCUUUGUGAGUACUGGUCGGGUUAUUGCGGACGCUGGAGCCAUGACAACGGAUCUAGCCAAGGGCUCAGAUGCGAUUGGGUCAGUGUUUGCAGUGUUAGAUCGCUACACUAACAUUGAUCCGGAGAACCCGGAUGGAUUUGUCCCACAAAACAUAAAAGGACAAAUCAGAUUUGCUAAUGUGGACUUAGUGUACCCAACUCGACCUGAUGUGUUUAUAUUCAAGAACUUAUCUAUUGAGAUUAACGAGGAAAAGUCCACAGCGAUUUUGGGUCCAAGCGGGUCAGGGAAGUCCACAAUAAUAAGCUUGAUCGAGCGGUUCUAUGACCCGUUAAAGGGUACUGUGGAAAUCGAUGGCCGUGAUAUAAGGUCGUAUCAUCUGAGAUCGCUUCGUCAACACAUAGCUUUGGUUAGCCAAGAGCCAACGUUGUUUGCUGGGACUAUCCGUGAGAACAUCAUGUACGGAGAAGCAUCUGACAAGAUUGAUGAAUCAGAGAUUAUUGAGGCGGCAAAGGCAGCGAACGCUCACGAUUUCAUUACAUCACUAUCGAACGGUUAUGACACAUACUGCGGGGACAAAGGAGUACAAUUGUCAGGCGGUCAAAAACAGAGGAUUGCGAUCGCUCGUGCGGUUUUGAAGAACCCAUCUGUGUUGCUCCUUGAUGAAGCUACGAGCGCUCUGGACAGCCAAUCAGAGCGUUUGGUACAGGAUGCACUCGAGCGUUUGAUGGUUGGAAGGACAAGUGUUGUGAUUGCACAUAGGCUUAGUACGGUUCAAAACUGUGACAUGAUAAUUGUUUUAGACAAAGGGGAAGUUGCUGAAUGUGGAACACACUCUUCCUUGUUGGGAAAAGGUCCUACGGGGACAUACUUCACAUUGGUCAGUCGCCAAAGAACUCAUUGUUGAAGAACAUUUAUUCUUUUUAUGAAAUUUCGAUUAUCAUACAUAUAUUGAAAUCCCAAUGUAUAUUACGGAAACCAGUUUGUGAUCUCGAUAAAAUGGA